CACCCCCAAAGACCAUGGCGGCGCCGGUUCACUUCCGGCCCGGCCGCGCCCCCUGACCUGGAUGUGGUUCCUCCCCCUUCCCUUCACGCGGAGCGCUGCGCAGGCUGUUGCCGGGGCUGAGCGGUCGCCAUGAAACCUAUACUGUUGCAAGGUCAUGAGAGGUCCAUUACUCAAAUCAAAUAUAACCGUGAAGGAGACCUACUCUUUACAGUAGCCAAAGAUCCUAUUGUCAAUGUCUGGUACUCAAUCAAUGGAGAGAGGCUUGGCACUUACAAUGGCCAUACUGGAGCUGUCUGGUGUGUGGAUGCAGAUUGGGACACAAGACAUGUGCUUACUGGCUCUGCAGAUAACUCCUGCCGGCUCUGGGACUGUGAAACAGGAAAGCAGCUUGCGCUGGUGAAGACUAACUCAGCUGUGCGAACCUGCGGCUUUGACUUUGGAGGAAACAUCAUCAUGUUCUCCACAGAUAAGCAGAUGGGGUAUCAGUGUUUUGUUAGCUUCUUUGACCUUCGUGACCCCAGCCAGAUUGAAAGCGACGAGCCUUAUAUGAAAAUCCCAUGCAAUGAGUCUAAAAUCACUAGUGCUGUGUGGGGCCCCCUGGGUGAAUUCAUCAUCGCGGGACACGAGAAUGGAGAGCUGAACCAGUUCAGUGCCAAGUCAGGGGAGCUCCUUGUGAAUGUCAAGGAGCACACCAAGCAGAUCAAUGACAUCCAGACCUCCAGGGACAUGACCAUGUUUAUCACCGCCUCCAAGGACAACUCAGCCAAGCUGUUUGACUCCACGACUCUCGAGCAUCAGAAGUCGUUCCGGACCGAGCGGCCUGUCAACUCUGCAGCUCUUUCCCCCAUCUUUGAUCACGUAGUAUUGGGUGGUGGACAAGAAGCCAUGGAUGUGACCACAACCUCUACCAGGAUUGGCAAAUUCGAGGCAAGGUUCUUCCACCUGGGUGUUGAAGAAGAGUUUGGGAGAAUCAAGGGUCAUUUUGGUCCAAUAAACAGUGUUGCUUUCCAUCCUGAUGGAAAGAGUUACAGCAGUGGCGGUGAAGAUGGUUACGUUCGCAUCCAUUACUUUGACCCGCAGUACUUUGAGUUCGAAUUUGAAGCUUGAAGCAGCUCCUGUUUCUUCCCCCACCCUCUUUAUUUUAUUUUAUUUUUUCCUCCCACUUUCACUUUUUUUUUUUUUUUUAGCCCCCCAUUGGCUCCUCUCUUGGAGUUUUGUCUGGACUUAAAGUUAGUCUGUUCCAAUGGGUGGCAGCAUAGAGCUCUUGGGAGUGGGUGCUGAGGGUGUGAGCCUAAAAGAGAAACCAACCUGGAAUGGUCGGAUCAGCUGCUUUGUCUGAGUGGUGUGAGACCAGAGGGAAGAAUGGGCCAGCUUGCUCCCUGCUGCUGUGGACACUAACUUCCUGCCCUGCUGGAGAUAUUUAUAAGUCUGGGAAAAUAAACUCAAAAGGAAAUGGUAAAUAUAAAUCUUUUUUAUAA